AUGAGCAAGUUUCCCUGCUGGCCUUCCUUUAACGAUAAUGAAAAUGCCUAUAAUGAGCUAGUUUGUAUAUGCAAAUGCAUGAAGAAGAGAAGCAUGGCAAUUGCUCCUUGUCUUCAAUUCCUCCUUUUCUCCUCGAACGCAUCAGCAAUUUACUACCGGCCUUCAGAAUCGCUCUCGAUUAUUCUCUUCACCUCCGGCAUUAUAUUAUUGACCAUAAGCUUCCUUAGCUUCUCCUUUUCUAGAGGGGAACCAGGCUCGGGGUUGCAAGAUGAUAAGGCGCCAUUACCAAGGUCCGAUCUAUCAUACUUUAGCCCUCUGGAGAAACGACGCCCACAAGUACGAGAAACAUGGAUGAUAUUUGCAUUUACGGUGGCGCUUUUGAGUGCUCGGAUAGAGCUUCAUGGAUAUCUUGUCAGACAUGUGGGCUGCUCGGUAUUUGAUGAUAUUACUCUAUUACCUUUCAUACUGUCGCUAUAUGAAUAUUGGAACUUUAAACAUACGAAACGAAAAGGCCGCUUUCGAUUGGGAGGCAUACUACGGGGACCAUUUGGCUACGUCUGCGAAUCCGCAUUCCUGAUUAUAGCGGGGUUGGCUAUAAGGCCAUUAAGGGAUGGUUGGAGGUCAUCAAUUAUAUGCCCCAGCGUUACGAAUGAGCGACGCAUUGUUCUUUGGCUACAGAUACUACGGGAGCUUCUCGACUCUGCCAUCGUGAUUGCGGCCGAGAUAUUGGCCAGGUCACCUAUACGUCGGUCAGACGGACCGGCCUGGCAAGUGACUACAACAUGGGGGCUUCUACUCAUGGGAAGUGCCAUUUUUUGGGCAUUUGGAAAAUCCGGGACUUAUUUUCUCCCAGCCUCGAGGAAUGAACCUUUAUUUUCGGAGUUUCAACCCUCUCGUGCUGGCGACAUGAUUGUGCAGUCUCUCUUUAUAUCCAUAUUUAUCAUAUCUGCCGCAAAAUGGAUAGUAAAUGCUAAAGCUUUGACGCUUUCAUUCGUGCUAUCAAUAUUGGCUGCGCGCCACAAUCUUACCUCUUCAAUCGUUUCAACCAUGUUAGAGCCGUACCCGUCAAUGCCAUUUGUUACGGGGCUCCUAGCGAUUGCACUCCUUCACGGCGCAGCCGUUUUGUAUGUCAGACAUACUCUUCCCGCCGAUCCUAUUCCUUCCUGGCUUCCAUAUUUCCUCUUCCUAUUUUUAAUACUGGCCUCGUUGCUACACUGUCUCUCGUGGACGAUUUUCCAACAACGAACUAUCCCUGAACACCCAAUCAACGUUUUAAUGAAUAACGCCAGACAGAGACAAGCUCAAUGGUUGGCUGAAGCGAAGUACAGUACUGACCUCCAGGGAGCUGUAUACGAAUAUAAGGAGCGUUAUGGGCUGCCUCCCCCGCCUGGGUUCGAUAUAUGGUACGAAUAUGCUACCAACCGGUCAUCGUUAAUCAUUGAUAACUUUGACCAAAUACACCGGGAUAUCCUUCCAUUCCGUGCUCUUACGCCAAGCGCAUUGAGGCAUCUUACCAGUUCUAUGUCCAGCAACCAAUGGAACGACAUAGCUGCUGUUGUGAUUCGUGAUGGCGUUGCUGAGGCCCAGCCAGAUGUAAUACCCACUCAUAGGUGGAUGAUAUAUGGGAUAGUCCAAAUGAUCACUCCAUUCGCAACCUAUUUACCAGAUAUGGACAUUGUGUUUAAUAUCAAUGACGAAUGUCGCGUUUCAGUUCCGUGGGAUACCAUAAAAGCCAUGAAUAACACAGCAGAAAGUGGACUAUCAUCACUGGAUUAUAAUAUGAGUAAUGUCUGGUCUAAAGAUAGAUCACUAUCCUGGGCACUUAGUCGUUCAAAUGACCAAGUAGCCCAUUCCCACUUCAUGGAGCAUUCAAGACGAGAUACCUUCCAUAGUAUUGUGAGCAAAUCAUGCCCGCCAGACUCGAAGGCUCGAACAGAAUAUCAGUGGCAACAUGACACCCUAUGCAUAUCAUGUGCUAAACCGCACACAAUGGGGCAGUUCUUACAGGACUGGGAACUGUCCGGUGAUAUCUGCCAUCAGCCAGAUCUAGCAAACUUACAUGGCUUCUUCCUUUCACCAAGUGCUUUCAAAGUAUCCCGGGAAUUACUCCCAGUCUUUAGCCAGAGCAAGGUAUCAGGCUUUAACGACAUUUUAUACCCUAGUGCCUGGAACUAUCUGGAAAAAGCGAAGUACAGCCCUUCGGAUGAAUAUCCUGAUCCACGUUAUGAUCAAAAGGAGGCUGCCGUCUUUUGGAGAGGAACGACCUCUGAAGGGUUCAGCGAGUCCGGGACAUGGAAGGGAAUGGCUCGCCAGCGGCUCCUGCAUUUAGCUAACAAUAAUACAAAUCCGGUUUCCAUGCUUCUUCCUUCCUGGUCGAAAGGUUUCUUUUCUUACAGCACCUUAACGCCCUCCAUGGCCUCCCAAUCACUGGAACUGAAUCUAUCAAUCGGAAUUGCCGAGGAAAUAGUGCGGUGCGGCAAAAAAGACCGCGAUGUCCAAAGACGCGAGCUCGGGAUCACCAGACGGGUUCAGUUUGAUGAACAUUGGAAAUACCGUUUCUUGUUCGACUUGGACGGUGCCGGGUUCAGCGGCCGCUUCCUGUCCUUUUUACAAAGUAAUAGCCUCCCCUUCCGAACUGCAAUAUUCCGUCAAUGGUUUGAUACGAGAUUAAUGCCAUGGCUGCACUUUGUGCCGCAGGAUAUCAGAUUCCAUGACCUGUGGAGCACUCUGGCAUUUUUUGCAGGAGCUAGAACGGUUGGUGAAAACGGCAAGGUCACGAAGGUUUUGAUGAAGCCGCAUACUCGUGAGGGUGGGAUAAUUGCCGGGGAAGGCAAGAAAUGGGCUGAAGAAACCCUUAGAAAAGAAGAUAUGGAGAUAUAUCUCUUCCGAUUAUUGCUAGAAUGGGGCCGGCUGACAGAUGAUCGAAGAGACGAGCUGGGUUUUGGGGGGUGA